AUGACAAUACCGAAAUAUGAAUGCACUGACUGUAUGAAAAAUUUUCUUAAAGAAUUACCAAAAUGUGAACAUCACGUUCAUUUAGAAGGAACAUUAGAACCAAACUUAUUAUUUAAAUUAGCAGAAAGAAAUAAUAUAAUAUUACCUUCAACAUUUCCCACCACUGUCGAAGAAUGUAAUAUUAGGUACAAUAACUUUGGAGAUUUACAAGAUUUUUUAGACCAUUAUUACAUUGGAAUGAGUGUAUUAAUAACAGAACAAGAUUUUUAUGAUUUAGCAAUGGCAUAUUUUCAAAAAGCUUGUGAAGAUGGAUGUUUACAUUCAGAAGUGUUUUUUGAUCCACAGGGCCAUUUGGAAAGAAACAUAGAUUUAGAAACUGUUGUAGCAGGUUUUGAUAAAGCAUGUAAAGAUGCCAAUAAAAAAUUUGGUACAACUAAUAAAUUAAUUAUGUGUUUAUUAAGACAUUUACCAAAUUCAGAUGGACUAAAAGUUUUACGAGACUCUAAAAAAUAUUAUCAAAAUGGAACAAUACAUGGAUUAGGUUUGGAUUCAAGUGAGAAACCAUUCCCACCUCAAUUAUUCGAAGAUUGUUAUAAUCUAAUUAGAACAGAAUUUCCAAAUGUUGGAUUAACUGCUCACGCAGGAGAGGAAGGUGAUUAUACAUACGUUGAAAACUCAUUAAAUUUAUUAAAUGUAACUAGAAUAGAUCAUGGAAUUAAUUCAAAACAAUCAUCAGAAUUAAUGGAAAAAUUAUAUCAGAAUAAAACAAUGUUAACAAUCUGUCCAUUAUCAAACGUAAAAUUACAAUGUGUUAAAGAUGUAGCUGAAUUACCUAUCCCAUUAUUUUUUGAUAAAGGUAUUCCAUUUUCUAUAAAUUCAGAUGAUCCUGCUUAUUUUGGUGGUUAUAUAUUAGAUAAUUAUAUUGUUGUUCAUGAAAGAUUUGGAUUUAGUGUUGAACAAUGGAAAACUAUAAGUUUGAAUGGAAUCAAUGGGUCUUGGUGUGAUGAAAGUAGGAAACAAGAGUUGAGGGAUAAAGUUGAUGAGGUUUGUAAUAAAUAUCUAGAGUUAGUUUAG